UCUGAGAGUAUUUGUCUCCUUUAGGAUAAUGGAAGGUCUCUUUUGGAUUUUCAUGUUUCUUUGUGUUGCAGGAUGUCACCAGUCAUCUCCCUCCCAUGUUCCCCAUGACCCACUGGUGGUCGUCAGGGGACAGAAUGUCUCUCUGACCUGCAACAUUACGCCCAGCUGUGAUAUCACCUGGUACCUGCUGAGUUCAGACCAGCUGUUGCCACUGCUUAAAGUCUCACAGACUAAACUCAAAAUCAAAAAAGACAUAAUUGAUUCUUACUCCAGUCGCAUUACAUGGACAGGAAACCUGAGUAGUGGGCUGAUCAGACUGGAGAUCCAGGCUGUGGAGGAGCAAGAUGCUGGGCUGUAUUUUUGUUCUGGGCUUUGUGAAGCUAAGGUGUGUGUAAGCAGAGGAAUUCCCUUGAAACUUAAUGGAGUUGAUGGGGACACUGCUGGAAGAAAAACUCGCCAACCUUGUUGGAGUCUGGGGAUCUGUGUCCUUCCGGGUUUACUCGGCCUCUGUUCCUUUCUGAUGAUUGGACUCUACCUGUGCUCAGGUAAACUGGGUCCUUGCUGUUGUAAUCCAGGGAGACAGCAUUCUUUGAGGAUCACAGAGGAAGAUUCUUUACAUUACUCCAGUCUGAGGCAUCCAGAUAAGCCCCGCCCGUCUGUCAAGACCAGACCUAGAUUGGCAGAAGACCUGGUCACAUAUUCUACAGUGACCACUCGCAAAAACUUAAAUGGAUAACAAGCAGAAAAUAGAUCAUUUU